CAAAAUACUUCAUACUUUAACCUUUUUAUAAAAUGGUAUGCAGUUACGUUCCUGGGCUUGACAAAGGGAAAGGACUAUACUUCCUUUUUACCAAAGCAGGAACAAAGACACCUGGAGGGUUGCUUGCCCGUCCGGUCUUGACGAGCUACUACAACAGCGAGCAGUUCAGGAAGAAGCCCUACGACCCCUACAAUGUCUGCACCAGCCCUAUAGAGGCCAUCCUCUGUGUCGACGCCUUCCAAAGCAUGUAUGCGCAGAUGCUCUGCGGCUUGCUCAUGCGCGAGGAGGUCCUCCGCAUGGGCGCCGUCUUCGCCUCCGGCCUCCUCCGCGCCAUCCGCUUCCUCCAGGUGCACUGGAGGGAACUCGCCGCGGAUAUCGCCUCCGGGACGCUAUGCUCCCGGAUCACCGACCCUUCCAUCCGACAGUCAGUUGGAAAGGUCUUGAGCCCGAACCAUGAGCUCGCUCAGGUAAUCGUCAAAGAGUGCGAGGACGAUAAUUGGGAAGGGAUCAUAAGGAGGAUUUGGCCCAAUGCCAAGUAUCUCGAGGUGAUCGUCACCGGCGCAAUGGCUCAGUACAUCCACACUCUUGAUUAUUACAGCGACGGCUUGCCAAAGGCAUCCGUCAUGUACGCGUCGUCAGAAUGCUACUUCGGCCUCAACCUCAACCCCAUGUAUCCGCCUUCCAAGGUUUCCUACACCAUCAUGCCCAAUAUGGGGUAUUUCGAGUUCCUUCCUAACCCCGUCCUCACAGGACGGGGUGGUGACCUAGUGGACCUGGCAGACGUGGAAAUGGGGAAGGAAUACGAGCUCGUGGUCACCACUUACGCCGGGAUGUGUCGCUACCGGGUGGGAGACAUCCUCCAAGUCACCGGCUUCCACAACUCCGCGCCGACAUUCAAAUUCAUGCAUCGAAAGAACAUGCUCUUGAGCAUCGACUCCGACAAGACCGACGAAACGGAGCUGCAGAAUGCCGUGAACAGAGCCGCGGCUCUCUUGCACGGUCACGGGGCGAGGCUCGUGGAGUACACGAGCUUCGCAGAGACAAAGACCAUCUCGGGUCACUACGUGAUUUUUUGGGAACUCUUGAGCAUAGAUCCUAAUUCCUGCAACAAUCACAUCCUAGGAGAUAUCGGCGGCGAUGUUUUGAGGGAGUGUUGCUUGGCCAUGGAGGAAUCGAUGAACACAGUAUAUAGACAGUGUAGGGUUGCAGAUAAGUCGAUCGGGGCACUCGAAAUAAGGGUUGUUAAGGCCGGGACAUUUGAAGAGGUGAUGGACUUGGCCAUUGCAAGGGGAGCUUCCAUUAACCAAUACAAAGCGCCGAGGUGCGUAAAUAGCAUGCCCAUGGUUGAGCUUCUCGAGUCCAGGGUGGCGUCAACCCAUUUCAGCCCAUCUCCUCCGCAUUGGACCCCGGAGCGUCGGAUAUAAACGACAACCUCUUGAAGGCAUACUAAAUACUCCCUCUGUCCUAAAAGAUUAUCACAGUUUGACUUUUUUGGUCAUAUUGUGGGAUCUUUUAACUGCAAAUUAUAGAAGAAAUAUAUUUAGUUAUAAUGUACAUUUAAUAAAAUUGGGUUUAUUUU